ACAAUGCUAAGAGCAGAGAGACCUACCGACAGUGGCAGCAGAAGCACAGCAAAAGUUCCACUCCUACCAAAACUGUAAAUUUUCUGUUCACAAUCGCGUACUGAGAAUUCUCAGUUGCUACUUCGGUCUUUCCACGCCCCUCAAUUCCACGUAGCAGACGAAAAAUUACACACCGGCAACUCUGGCAAAGACAGUGGCGUCGCGUAGGGCGAGUCCGGCGGAGGGCUGAGCUGAAGGUGAAUGGAUAGAGUUGACACUUCCACGUCAACCCUUCUUGUGCACAGACGACAGUUCCUGCUUGAGAAUGUAUAUUUCUUCCGUUAUGAUCGACCCGUGAUCUAUAAUUAAGGAACAGAAGAAACGAAGGGCGUGGCGGGAGGCUUGGCUGCGACAGACGAAACUCGAGUGAACGCAACAUACACAGUAAGCAAAUGCUUCGGUGUACUGUUGGAAGGGUGAAAGUGGCACAAAGAGUUCUGGAGCAUAAUGCUGCCAACAUCAUCCGUUUUGUUUCCUGACGAUCAUCUAUUACUCCGCUACUAUGCUGCCGUCUUCCGAGUGGUACGUCCUGUAUUUUGCAAGAUCCUCCGGCUUCUCUCAGGCAACAGACCCAACAUUAAGGAGCUGCUGCUACACUGCCCAGGAUACUCCAGUUCCCAGUACCGCAGGGUGUUCGGAGAUCAGGAGAGGUAUUUGUUGGAUAAUAAUGCUCCUUGCGAACAGUUUGACAUAUCGCUCCUGUUCAAGCUGCUGCAACGCAUAUGCGGCCUGGCUGAUAGAAAUCAUUCCAGUUGGUCAUCUCCUGGGACUCUAGAAAAUCAUCUUCAGUGUUUGAAAAAUUACCGGAAUGAGCUGGCCCACGCGGAUCUGCAAUUGAGUCAGGCUGAGUUGCAGCAACGAAUUGCAGCAAUAAGGAAUAGAUGUCAUGAAGCUUUAGUAUUGUCAGGCCAAAAGAGUCAUACUCGUGUGGAUGCCUUAAUUAAAGAAAUGGAAGAUGGCCUAGACGAAGUCAUGACAGCAGGGGUUGACCUAUGGGAGCCUUAUAGAGACGCAGUGAAAACACUUCGACAGGAACGCCGGAAUCUUAUGAUCAGAGAGGGAAAGAAAGAAAUAAGUAACCAUGCUCAGAAACUACGCAUCCUUAAUCCAUUUGCUUGGCUGACAGAUGAUCACUAUUCUUAUCUUGACAUCAGUGAGAUCUUUACCGAAGUCCAGAUUAUGGGCGAAGGAUACGUGAGGCUUGAAGAUCUCUUGAUCACCGCUCUCCCGUCUGGCCAACCUCCGUGUGUGGUAGUCCUAUGUGGGUGUCCUGGCAUUGGUAAAACCAGCUUAGUGCGCUUCCUGCUGCAUGACUGGCUAUCCACUACGCCCUCAGUCUCUGGAAUGGGGGAUUUUGAACUUGUGGUGCCAGUGGAAUUGAGGCAUGUGAGUAGCAAAAGUAUUGAACAGAUGUUACGUGAACAGUUGAUUCCUGGAACUUGCAGACAGUUCCAUCAAGAUGACAUUGUCCCCGUUUUACAGGAAGCGUCAUUGCUGUGGCUUGUUGAUGGUUUUGAUGAAGCCAAUGAAGAUGCAUUGAGGGUUACUGAAGAAUUGUUGUCCAAAUUCAGAAAUUCAAGGGUUAUAAUUACUUCACGUAGAGAAUGUGUGAAUGAGAUUAAGCUGAUGCUAGGUAAUCACCAUUUGACUAGUAUGGAAUAUAACAUGGUCGGAUUAUAUGAUGAAGACAGAGAAUUAUACGUUCAUAAGCUCUUUCAUGUUUACUCCCAAAAACAAUCAUGUGAUAUAAGCCAGUGUAUAGAUUUCAUAAAUUACAUAAAGAAAGAAGAUCACUUAAAACUAGUCCUUAGUGUUCCACUUUACCUAGUCAUGCUUUUCACGCUCUGGCUGGAAAAUCCUACGAGAAUAAAUGGGGCUACAACUGUCACUAGUCUUUUCCAGAUACUUGUUGAUCACAUUGUUACCCGCAUGUCCAAGAGAAAAAAAUUCCUUACGCUGGGACUUGCAGAGAGAGAAAUCCAGAGGAAGAUCAAAAUGGUCCUAAACAAAAUUGGAGAAGCGUUUUGGGAAAAUUCAUCACAUAGAGAAUAUCGUUUUACAAAACAUCAAUUAGACCGGAUGGAAGACAUGUGUGAAAUUCUGGGGUUACCCUUCAGGGAAACAAUGUCGCCUUUUUUCAUUGUGCAAGUAACUGCUUCACCAACUGGGACAGAAGAGAUAUACGAACCGCUUCAUAGAACUGUCCAGGAGUUCCUUGCUGCACAAGCAUUUUGUAAAGAGAUGACUGGAAGAGGUACAGAUGUUUUAACAUUAGCUGCAGAAUGGAAAGAGCAGCAUGAACAAUAUCAGGAAAAUGUUGCGGACGCUGACGAUGCUCCAAGAAACAAGUUUGUGGUUAAGAAACUUCACGAAGCAAAAGCCAGCUCUUAUGAGGACUUUGAGUUCAUAACAACAAAACACAUGUUUUCUAAUAGACCUUGCUGUUAUAGAGACAUGAUUGUACCCUGUUCUGAAAUGGAAGAUCCUGAAGAAUUCGAAAGAUAUCUUGCUUACACAUAUUUCUCACCGAUCUGUUUUGGAAGUUUGAUACCAAUGUUUAUGGUUGGGUACCUUAAAACACACAAAGUACUAACCAAAACGAGGUCACAACAGAUUGUGUAUAUUUGUAUCUGUGAGCUAGAUAAUAUAAAACAAUAUGAUCUUUGGAUAAGCUUAAUUAAGGAAGCAGAAAAUGAUCCAUUGUUGAUAAAGGAAAUUCAGGAUCAAGUUGGUUCUUUCGAGUGGCGUCCUAAUUAUACAUCUUGGAGCGAUGUUUUAACGUUAAUGGAGUUUGUCAUCCCUGAAUCAAUAUCAAUCCAUGCAUGUGAUAACUAUGAUGCUAACAUUGAAGCUACAGUGCAUCAGAUCUCCCGUUUCAAGAUUGAACUUGUGCUCGACUUUCGGAAUUGGACAAUGUUGAAUUAUCUCGAACUGACAAAAAAAUGCUUGAAUGCAGCCCUUCAUGCAGAAGCUUCAUGCAGCCUCACAUGUCUCAGUUGUCGUGCAGAUAAAGAUAUUCUGGAAUUGCUUACUCGGGCACAUCAUUUGGAGGCGCUUUCUGUACGGGUGGAUACUCUUGAAGAUCUGCAAAAUCUUUCCAAAAUCACUCUCACCCUGCCCAAACUGAGAAAUAUUUCAAUUUUACCAAUGUUUACUCUAGCAAGUGUGCUUUAUAGAGACCUCCCUACAUUUAACAUCUGCCCCAUGAUCCCCUUAAAAAGGAGGUUGAAAUGGAAUAUGCUUAUGGGAGUAUCAAAAUCAAGGUCUCUGAUGUCCUUUUUUCAGUUUGGGUCAGAAACCUUCACAGUAGAUCUUCCUGUAGAGAAAAACCCAGCGGUUAUCUGCAAAAGAAAACCUUCAGCACAUAUGGCUCGACUGAAGCGGAAACGAGGCAGACAUUAUCAAAGAUCCAGAUCUGUUUCAACUAUUCCAUACCCUGAACACUUACAAAUGUUUGAAUCAUUCAUUGAAGUGGUUAUAAAAUUACAUGGAUUGCCUUCAGUCCAUUGUCAUAAGCGCUGUGUUUGGAGAAAGGAGGCUGCGGUCGUUUGUCCAAAAGAGUGCUGUCAUUCUUUUAGCGCCUUAGACGCUCAGGUUCAUGCUAAUGUAAAAGGAAAGUCUCAUCAUGUUAAAGCAACAAGAUACCAUCGACGAAGUCUGAUAAGGUUGCGUUCCUUAUAUAAAACUCUGUGGAAGUUUCUAUGUGAAGUCUAUGAAAGAAAUUGUGGCACAUACAGAAGAAUUUAUGAUCAGUAUAUCAAGGUGAUGUGCAUCCAGCUACACGACCAAGAAAUAUGGGAGCACAUAGAGGAUCCUAACAUAUACCUUCUGAAAGUAUGCGAACUGCUAAUGUAUCAACACCUCAUAUGUAUCCAGCAACACAAAAGGUUUCUCAUUAGGAAUUACCAUAGAUUCGGAAGUGUGGCGCCUGUGAGACUGAUAAUUGUAGAUGCAUUUUCACUUGCUCCAAAACAUCUAGCAGCAGCGGUACAGAAAAUGUGUGAGAAACCUAUAGGGAUUUAUCUCCAUGGCAGUGUAGAUGUGUCUGUAAGCCUGGACGAUCUUGCAGAAUAUGUGUGGAAACUCGGUGCUGCAUUUCCAUACGCAAUUGAGAUAGAAAUUGAAAUACCAAUACAUAGAUAUGAAGUGGAGAAGAUACCUAUAUUAACUCCCGUAAUCAGCAGCCUGAAACUACUUGUUGAGAAAAGUGCACCGAUAUUUAACUUUGAUGCGUAUCUGACACUGGAUAUUUAAAACGAGAGGAAAAAAGUUGAAAACAGUGUCACAUAUGUAUAUGUAUAUAUAUAUAUAUAUAUA